ACGAAAGGAUGGACUACAACAGCUAUGUCCAUCAAAACCAGAAUGUGGGCCAGGGCACCCAGGACCAGGACCAGUAUUUUGUGAUUCACUCUGGGGGAGUAGGUCUGAGCGAAGAUAGCCUUGCCGUGCUGAGUACCGCUUCGGACGAUGCCGUGACUAACCAGAUCCAGAGCAACCAAGGCGAUCUAUCGCACCUUCCAAUACUGACAUACUCGGGAGAAGAGUACGUGAUGUAUGUGAAAGAAGAGGUGAAGGAAGAAGAGGAGGAAGAAGAGGCGAAAGAAGCGGAGACAGGAGAGAGGGACGAAGACCGUGAUGGUGAUGACCAUGAAGACAUCAAUGAUAUCCUUAGGAAUGUAAUGCAAGUACCAAGUUUGCAGUCUCUGUCCCCCACACCUUCAGAAGGGGAAUCCCCCUCAUCCAUGACCCAGAGACGACCUUUAGCUGAGAAGCAAUCCCACAAUGCCACUGCACCAAGUUUUGCGAUACGGUCAAAUCCCAAGCUCACCAUCCGUGCCAGUCUUCCCCCUGGGUUCAAAUACAAGUUUCAUAAGAGGAAAAAGGACUAUGUUAGUGGUGUCAUCAGUAGGCGGGUGAUUGACAAGGGGCAAUGUUUCGGCCCUUAUAAUGGAUCCCUCAUAGAUGAGAAGAUGGCACAAGAUAUAGGAUCUACAUGGGAGCUUUGCCUUCGGGGUGUUGUAUGGUAUUACCUUGAUGGCAGGAACAUCAGCCAUAACAACUGGUUAUCCCACAUCAGUCCAGCAAGGACCACAGCUGAGCAGAACCUAGAGGCCUUCCAGCAUUACGGAGAUAUCUACUACCGAGCGAUAGACAACAUCCAACCCGAUACAGAACUCAAGGUCUUCUAUUCGGAUGAAUACAGGGAGAAGAUAGGAUGCAAAGUAAAACUGGACGAUCUGAACUACCAAAGAGGUACCGAUGACUUCCAGUGCAUGGAAUGCAAUGCCAGGUGCAAGACCUCAAAGACGAUGCUGAGACACAUCAAGUUCAAUCAUGAGCAGCAAGAGGGGGCUACCAACCGACAAGAAACCUCUGGUAGACAAUCAGCCUGGGGCACCACUUCUGCUUCGGAUCAACUCCUUCAUUUUGCCAGGGAGGCCUUGUCCAAAAGCGAUGCUGCCCAAACAUCCUCUGAGAGCGCUGCGUCCGAGAAGGAUGUGUUCAGGGAAGAUAGGUCCAUGCAGAAGGAUAGGUUACUAACUGGAGGCCAUCUCAAUCAGAGCAUUAUGCAUUCUUCAAGAUGUGGCAGAGAGGGUGAUGCAAGGAAGCAUUCUAUGAUUUACAGCAGCAAGGACUCGGCGAUGGUCAAGAAAGAUGCUGCAUCGUCAAGACCAGACACUUCUGUAGGACCUAGUUUAGAGUGUCCAACCUGUGGUAAGAGCUUCCAGAAUGAAGGUAUGCUGGCUUCCCAUCAGUUGUUCCACCGAACAACCAUCAAAGAGUUCAUUUGCGAAGUAUGCAGCAAGGUUUCCAAGACAUUCCAAGCGCACGUCAGGCAUCGGAACAGCCACGCAGAGCAUCUGCACCACUGUUUCCUAUGUGAGAGCAAGUACCGUUAUGUGUCCAGUUUCUAUCGGCAUUUAAGAAAUGGACACCGUAUUAAAAAGCUACGGGAGAAAUACUUCUGUCUGCUGUGCAAGGAGACAUUGCCUAACAAGACAGUCAUGAUUGCACACCGGACUGAGUGUGCACCAAGGAAACGAUAUGUUGAUAAGGAAGAGUAUCAGUGGAGACGGGAAGAGGCUGAAGCGGAAAGGAGAUCAGAGGCUAUGAAAAGUCAUAGACAAGGAACUCAAGGUUCUACUAAUUAUUAUGCCAAGGAAGUUGCCUCUGAUGAAGAAGAUUUUGGUGAUCAUGAGCCUUAUCAUUCAGGGGAAGAUAAUGGAAGUUGGAUUGGCGAGGUGGAAGAGCAAAGAUCUGAGGAAGAAAUGGGCUUGAGCAGUGUGGACAGUACCUCAAGCAUCAAAGAGAUUGAUGAUGCUGAUUUACACCUUAGACAUCAUCAAGAAGACUCUGAUAAACUUGGCAAGAUGUUGGAUUAUUACGACAGACCACGUCCUUUCCGUUGCAAAUAUGAUUCUUGUCCUAGGAGAUACGUCACCAGCCACGAUCUCUACACACACAUCCGCAAUGUCCACAGACCUCAAACUAAGAAGAAAUUGGAUCUUCGUCCCUACAAGUGCGACCAAUGCCCUAGGACUUUCGCAUCUCUGAAAGGAUUCAACAACCACAAAGUGGAUCACACAGGCGCCAAACUCUUCAAAUGCGAGCCAUGUUCCAAGUGGUUCCACACCGAGGAGCGCCUCUACAGGCACAAUCACAGGAUACACAAGAAUCGCGCCAAGACGCACGAGUGCAAGGUCUGCGGCAAGAAGUUCCUGGAGGGAUUCGCGUUGAAAAAGCACGAGCAGCGCCAUCGAGGGGAGAGAAACUUUGCAUGUGAUAUUUGCGAAAGGACCUUCACCUCCAAGCACUGUCUCCAGACCCAUAUGGUGAAACACACAGGAGAGAAACCUUUCGCUUGUGAAGUAUGCGGGAAGCGGUUCUCAUUGAACCUCAGCCUAGUUCGCCAUGCUGCUACACAUGAUUCUCUUGACGGAGCAAACAAUAUUGGUGAUAGAAGCUUCAUGUGAAAAUGACCAAACACAUCUUGAGAAGGAGGCAAUAAAUAUAUAUUUCUUUUUAUUUUGGGGGGCUACUCAUCACUACCAAAUGCCAAAAUCUGCAAUGAAAGGGGAAGUUUGGCAGCUUUUAAUUUUCCCUCAGCUCUCUUGAACAUUUCAGGGUUUGUAAAGAAUGGCCCCAAGCCCCCAGGUACACAUAAUUUUCCCUUGUGAAAAGUCUCAACUUGUCUGGAUUCUUAUCUCGAUUACGAUCUAGUUUUUCAGCGUUUUGGGGGUCUUUGGUUAUUGCGAAGUUAUGAAAAUCACUGAAAUAAUCGUGAAGGAACUGUGAAUUUCUGCCAUGAGAUUGAGAAGAUUUAAGAGAACAUGGAUAUGAAAACAACUGUUACGCUGCAAUUUGGCCAUAAACAGUUUCAGAAGAAAAAAUAAUUUUGUGCAUGGACUUGUGAAUCACACAAAGUAGUAUGGUUCUAUGAUUAUUGCUGUGCCAUACUGGAGUGAUAAAGUAAGCUAAAGGAGAAUGAAACCCUUGAAACCAGCUGAAUCCAUAUCAAAGAGAAAAAUCAAAGAAACAUAUUGUUGAAAGUUUGAGGAAGAUUGAAUGAAUAAUAAGAAAGUUAUGAGCAUUUGAAUAUUGAGAUCACUAAUGCCAUGUAGAUCCUCCCAUUGGCAAUGCGACCAAGAUCUGUGAUGUCACACACGUACAACUCCCUCAUUACUUUAGUACUUAUUUCACUUAUAUUCUCACUUUUAUAGAGUCUAUCACAAGGUGAGGUGUUCUCUUUAUGAGAGGACAAGUACAGAGGUUUCACAACAUUAUAUCAUUGAUGAAUCGUUUGUCAUAUGAUUAGAAUGAGCAAAAAGAGAUAUUUUGGGGGUAUAUUUUCAGUGUCCAAAAGGGGAGAGUUGUUCAUCUGUGACAUCAUAGAUCUUGGUCGCAUUGUCAAUGGGAGGAUCUCCAUAGCAUUUAUAGUGAUCUCGACAUUCAAAUGCUCAUAACUCUUCUAUUGCUAGUCCUAUUUUACUCAAACUUUUGUUGAUCUCAUUCUUUGAUUUUUCUGCUUUCACAAAAGCUAACUUGCUCCAAGAGUUUCAUUCUCCUUUAACUAUUGACAGUACUUGAUUAUGUACGCAGUCCAUUCAUUUUUUGACAAGAAUCACACUUCACAUCUUAUAAAGAAAGUAAUACUGGUUCCAGACGACAUACUCUAAUAAAACAACUCGUGUAUGAUAAUAAUGAUAUAGAACAUUUCUAAAGCGCCAAAUCCACAUUGAUUAUGUGCUCAAGGCACUGCGAAAAGGAAAUAAGAGAACAAUUACAUGGAGCAGGAAGGGACAAAGAUAAAAGAAGCACAGUCAUGACAAUGAAAGGAAACUACUGGAAGGCAAUUUUAAACUAAUGGGUUUUAGAGCAAUUUAGAAAUUAUCGAUAUUUGAAAUACUACGAAUGGAAUAUGGCAACUGAUGCAUGGAAACACAAAGGAAUAAAAAAAGUAGAAAAAGCAUGUUUUUUAUUUUUCAAUAUCCACAAAUCCUGAAUGCUUCCUUGAGAAUGUACACUGUUCUUCCACCCGGUAAUUGAGAAAUGCUGAGAGAUAACAUAGUGUCAUUUGUUUAAAGACAUAUUUUCUGUGAAUAUUUUUGCCGUUUUGCAACAUUCAUACUUAAAGGGAUUUCUUUUAGUUUUCAAGUCCAAAGAAUGUAUUCUGAAAGAAGAAAUAAGUUAUGUAUUUUUAUUUUAUCAUAAGAAUUUCAAUUCAUCUAGUCUUCUUUCUCUCUUUCCAACAUUCUUGACAUUUUGCCAGUGGCGAUGGAACAUGUUAUUGUUCAUUUUUUUUUUUUUUCAUACCGGGUAUUUAUUCUUGACUUUACAGUCACCUCAUGUGAAUCCUUGCAACUCGGCACUGAACCACAUCUGUUUGUGUUAUCAUUUUGUUUCUUUUCAUUGUUUUAAGUGGAAUCCAUAUUUAUUUGUUCCUGAUUCCAAGCCAAUUUUGCAUUAUAAAGUCCCAGUAUUAUUGUACAGUGCUUUGGAAUCUUCGGUAGUACUUAAGUGUGUCCCCCCCUCUUGGUCCUCCUUUUUCCUCUUCUUUUCUAUAUUAUCAUUAGUAUCAUCGUCAUCAUCAUUGUCUUCAUCAUUGUCUUCAUCGUUAGCAUCGUCGUCAGGAUCAUGAUCAUUACCAUCAUCUUCAUCAUCAUCAUUACCAUCAUCAUCAUCAUUACCAUCAUAAUCAUAAUGACCAUCAUCAUUAACAUCAUCAGUAGCAUUAUUAUUAGCAAAUUCAUCUUCAUCAUCAACAUCAUUAUCAUAACCAUCGUCAUAAUCAUUAUCAUUGACAACCUCCCCAUUGUCAUCAUCAUCAUCAUCUGUUAUACCGUAUGUAAGAUAUUUGCUUAUUGAGUUAUUUUGGUGCUAGAAAUCGUGAUUUGUAAUUAUUAGUCUUCCUUCUCAAACCAGCAUUUAGUUCAACUUCCUUCGAUGAAUGCUGCCCUCGUUUGACAAGUAUGGGAAAGUACCACUUAGAGACAUGAAACCUGUUUGCUUUCAUUUUGUAAAAAAAUUGAAUAUCAACAUUUCCCCAAAGAGAUAUCAUUCUCGAAUAACUUGGAUGACAUGUAAUAAAUCCAUUUUACUAUUCUUAUAUACACAGUAGUUUGAGUCUUCUAGUAGACCUAUAUUAGUGUAAUGUUUGUAUAAGCUCAAAGUUGUGUUAUUUUAAAUUGAGGUUGAUGUCAUUUUAAAUUGAAGUUGAUGUUAUUCAUUUGUCUCACCUGUAUGACAGAGUGAGAUUAUAAAUGCCGCUUUUCAUAAUCAACAUAGUAUUGCAUCAUUAUAUGAAUGGUGUUUUUUAUGAAUAAUUUUCUUAUGGUCGUUUUCAAAGUCAGCACUACUUCUGUAUUGAAUCGCGUAAUGCAGGUGAGACUGCCAGAGGCACUCCACUUGUUUAAUUCUUGAAUACUUGUCGAAUUCCUGCUCCAAUUAUUUUGAGGAUAAUUCAUUUGUAUGAGUUUUACAAGAUACCAAAGUUGAAGCAUUUCAAAA